GGAGGGAAGGGGGAGGGAACUUGAGGAGGAGGAGGUUAGCCGAGGCAGCUACAGCGGCGGCGGCGCAGGGGCUGGUACGCGCUGGGCGGCCUGAGCCUCAUGGCGGAGGAAGAGAGCGACCAAGAGGCCGAACGCCUCGGAGAAGAGCUCGUGGCCAUUGUGGAGUCCCCUCCAGGCCCUGCGGGGUUUAGAGUUGCGGGCGACGGCAAAGGCGGCACUGGCGGCAGCAGCUGCAGUGGCGGCGUCGUCGGGAUCAGCAGUAGGGAUUACUGCCGACGUUUCUGUCAGGUGGUUGAAGAUUAUGCUGGAAGAUGGCAGGUCCCUUUGCCACAGCUUCAAGUUCUUCAGACUGCACUUUGCUGUUUUACAUCAGCCAGUGCAUCAUUCCCAGAUGAAUGUGAGCACGUACAGUACGUUUUGAGUAGCCUUGCUUUGAGCUUCUUUGAGUUGCUGCUGUUCUUUGGAAGAGAUGAGUUUUAUGAAGAGCCCUUAAAGGAUAUUCUUGGAUCAUUCCAGGAAUGCCAGAAUCACCUCCGCAGAUAUGGAAAUGUGAAUCUGGAACUGGUGACUCGAAUCAUUAGAGAUGGUGGCCCAUGGGAAGAUCCAGUGUUGCAAGCUGUUCUUAAAGCCCAGCCAGCAUCUCAGGAGAUAGUGAACAAAUACUUAAGUUCUGAAAAUCCACUGUUCUUUGAACUACGUGCCAGAUACCUAAUUGCUUGUGAACGCAUACCUGAAGCAAUGGCUCUUAUUAAAUCUUGUAUAAGUCACCCAGAAAUCAGUAAAGACUUAUACUUCCAUCAAGCACUCUUCACAUGUCUGUUUAUGUCACCUGUAGAAGAUCAGCUACUCCGGGAGCAUUUAUUGAAAACUGAUUGUAAGAGUGGAAUUGAUAUCAUCUGUAACACUGAAAAAGAAGGCAAGACUAUGUUAGCCUUACAACUCUGUGAAUCUUUUCUUAUUCCACAGCUCCAACAUGGGGAUAUGUACUGUAUCUGGGAGUUGAUUUUCAUAUGGAGUAAACUUCAGCUUAAGUCUAAUCCUUCAAAACAAGUUUUUGUAGAUCAAUGCUACCAGCUUUUAAGAACAGCAACUAAUGUGAGAGUCAUAUUUCCUUUCAUGAAAAUCAUUAAAGAUGAGGUUGAAGAAGAAGGCUUACAAAUUUGUGUUGAAAUAUGUGGUUGUGCUCUACAGCUGGACCUUCAUGAUGAUCCCAAAACUAAAUGUCUGAUUUAUAAAACAAUUGCACAUUUUUUGCCAAAUGAUUUGGAGAUCCUCAGGAUUUGUGCACUCUCAAUAUUUUUUCUUGAGCGUUCCUUGGAAGCUUAUCAUAUUGUUGAAGAGCUUUACAAACAUCCAGAUGAAGAGUAUAAUGAAGGCACCAGUAGUGUUCAAAAUCGUGUUCGUUUUGAAUUACUUCCAAUUUUGAAAAAGGGAUUGUUUUUUGAUCCCGAAUUCUGGAACUUUGUAAUGAUUAAGAAAAACUGUGUAGCAUUACUGAGCGAUAAAUCAGCGGUUAGGUUUCUAAAUGAAACUACACUGGAAAAGUCUACAGGUAACCUGAAAAGGGCACUAGAACAGCAAGGUUUAGAUGAAAGGCUUGACUUUCUUACAUAUCAGAGCACUGGAGAGCUUGAUCCUAAUGACAUAGCUGGAGUGCAACCUAAAGGUCAUAGUCACACAAAGAAAAACCUUACUGCUUCUAAUGCUUCCAAAGUAGAUCACAACGUCCCAAGGCAUCGGUGUGUGUUAUGUAACAAGGAAUUCCUAGGUGGUCACAUUGUAAGACAUGCUCAGGCUCAUCAGAAAAAGGGCAGUUUUUCAUGUGUAAUAUGUGGUAGGAAAUUUAGAAACAGAGGACUUAUGCAGAAGCAUUUAAAGAAUCAUGUUAAGAAAAUACAGAGACAGCAGAUUGCUGCAGCUCAACAGGAGGAUCAGGAAAUCCCUGCUUUGGAAGAAAUAAAUUGUUCCAAUUUCAUUUCAUUUGAAAACGGGAAUUCUGAGAAAGAUUUGGAAGUGCAGGCUACUGAUGUUUGCAGUGAUGGGAACCAAGAAGUCAUCCCUGUGCAUGUGGCGGAAUUCACUGAAAUUCCUGUAAGUGUAUCAGAAGAUGUUACUGAAAACGUUACUGAAAAUGGCAGUCCCGAUACUUCUUUAAAUAAUGUAUUGGAGCCUUUACCUCUAUGUGAGGAUGACUAUGAGGAGGAAGAGGAUGAAGAAGGUGAUUAUGAAGAUGAUUAUGACCUGAAUCAGGAAACGUCAGUGCUUCAUAAAAUCAAUGGAACUGUUUGCCAUCCAAAAGACAUAUAUGCUACAGAUCAAGAAGGAAACUUUAGGUGUCCUGCCCUUGGCUGUGUCAGAAUAUUUAAAAGAAUUGGAUUUCUAAAUAAACACGCAAGGACUGUACACCCAACUGAUUUAAAUGUGCGGCAGACGGUAAUGAAGUGGAGCAAGGGAAAAUGUAAAUUCUGUCAAAGGCAGUUUGAAGAUUCUCAGCAUUUUAUAGAUCACCUUAAUAGACACAGCUAUCCAAAUGUAUACUUUUGUUUGCAUUUUAAUUGCAAUGAGUCAUUUAAGCUGCCAUUCCAGCUUGCUCAGCACACAAAAAGUCACAGGAUAUUUCAAGCGCAGUGUAGUUUUCCAGAAUGCCAUGAGCUUUUUGAAGAUCUUCCUCUGCUAUAUGAACAUGAAGCCCAGCACUAUUUAAGUAAAACACCAGAAUCUUCUGCACAACCAAGUGAAACAAUUCUUUGGGAUGUUCUUACAGACUCAAAUCCUAAUCAUCAGGAAAAAGACUCAUCAAGUAAUGAGAAACAAGCUAUUAGUCUGCCAGUUUCUACUAGCAAAUCAAGAAAACAUUCUACAGAACCAAAGACGUGUCUAGAAAGUAUGGAAAAGAAAACAGACAGUUUAGUUCAGAAUGGAAAUGAACAUUCUGAUGAUACUGUUUCUGAAAUAAGCUUGAUAGACCAAAAGAUGCCUGACAUAGAGCCAAAUUCUGAAAAUAAUUGUAGUAUUAGUGAUUUAGUCAAUGGACAUAGUGGAAUAGAGCAGACACCUUUAGUUUCAUCAGAUCCUGCUUUGAAAAUUGGUACAAAUAGAAUCAGGACAGAAAACGGUUCCAUUUUAUCCAGUGUUGUACCACAAGAACACAGUACCCUGCCAGUAUCUCAGGCACCUUCCAAACCAAAUGUGACGAAUGAACAGACUUCAUAUGGCUUAAUUUUAUCAAAGCCAUAUGUCAGACCAUUGCCUCCCAGUUACCUUGAUGAACGGUACCUCAGUAUGCCAAAACGCAGAAAAUUUCUGACUGAUAAAAUAGAUCCCUGUUCUGAUCAAGAUAAUGUUUGUAAAAAAUCAAUGAAAAGAUUAAGAUGUGGUAAAUGCCUGACAACCUACUGUAAUGCAGAAGCACUUGAGGCUCACCUUGCACAAAAGAAAUGUCAGACACUCUUUGGAUUUGAUUCAGAUGAUGAAAGUAAGUCUUCUAUCUUCUCAGUAGGUAUAUCUGUAGAAAAAGAACAUGCCAUAGGUCUUCAAGGUUAAAAAAAAUUGACAUUUGUAUAGCACAGAUAACAAGGCACUACCCUAUACAUCAUUUCCUUUAAUCUAUAUAACCAUUAUAAGAUGAUAUUGUUACUCCUGUUUUAUAGAGCAAGCAACUGAAACUCAUAGGUUAAGUAAUUGGCAUAGGCACAGGCCUAGGAACUUGUGGAAGCCAGAACCUGUACUCAGGUUUUUCGUACUCCUUCACUAUAUUUGAGGCUUUUCUUCAUUCUAAGUUUUGUGUAAUAAAGUUCUAGAAACAAAAUAAUUAUGAUAGUUUUUCAUCUGAAUGCCAGAAUAUAAACCAAGUGAUGUUGAGCUUCUAUUACAAAAACAAGUAAAAGAGACUAAAAAAAUAACUGAAAAAUAAAAUUUGAGCAAAAGAGUUUGCCUUUCUAUUGAUGUCAGUAUUUUUUGAAUGAGUAACGGUAUAAAUAAACAAGAAUCUGAUUUAGAAUUACAGUUGAACAUCUAUAAAAUUUGAAUUAACAGACAUGUUCUGUU